AAAACUUAAAAUAGAUUUAAGAAACGUGGCGUAAGGCUUAGAGAGAGAAGCAAGAAUUCUUGACUGGAAACUAGAGAGAGAAAGAUAAGACCUUGUUCAACAAUGGAUUGAAAGUUUAUUCAUCUGAAGAAGAUUGUGUGUUGUAAUGGGAACUCCAGCCAGAGAAGAGGUGAUGAAGAAGAUCCAAGACCUGGAAGAAGGUCAUGUUUACCUCAAGCAAGAAAUGUCCAAGCUCAAGCUUUCAGAUGGAAGGAAGCAGCAGCAGCAGCACCAGCAUCAUCAUCGCCAGAGGUCUCACUCUGUGUCCCCGCAACGUUCCAGAUUGGGCGCGCCACCCAGGAGUGGAACCGAUGGAGUAGGUAGUUCUUCGUCGCGUCUUCAGAGGGAGAGUCACGGCGGCGGUGGUGUGAAUUUGACUGAAGGACAGUAUUUCAAUAUUUUGCAGUCAAUGGGACAAUCUGUUCAUAUAUUGGAUCGUAACUUUCGUAUAAUUUACUGGAACCAUAGUGCUGAGAAUCUAUAUGGUUAUGCAGAAGAGGAAGCUCUAGGCCAAGAAGGGAUUGAACUGCUUGCAGAACCCAGGGAUUUGACCUUCGCCUAUGAUACAGUGAACCGUGUAAUGAUGGGAGAGAAGUGGACUGGGCAGUUCCUGGUCAAGAAUAAGAUGAGAGAGAAUUUUUUAGCUGUAGCAACAAUUACACCUUUUUAUGAUGAUGAUGGAAGUUUAGUUGGGACUAUUUGUGUCUCAAAUGAUUCACGGCCAUUUCUUGAAAUGAGGGAUCCGCUGUCCGGUGAAAAAAAUGCUGAAUCAAAUUCAGGUUCCACCCGUCCUAGAAGUAGCUUUACGAAUAAACUUGACCUUGACUCUCAACAGCCAAUUCAAGUUUCUCUGGCAUCUAGAAUUUCAAAUUUGGCAUCAAAGAUGAGUAAUAAAGUUACGUCAAGAAUGUGGACAGGAGAGAAUAAUGGGGAUUGUGAAGGUGAGAGUGGAGAAAGUCAUCAUUCUGGACAUAGGUUCUCAGAGUCUGUGCUUCCAGACCACAGAGAAGAUGCUAAUUCAAGUGGAGCUAGCACCCCCAGAGGUGAUUUGCCUCAGUCACCUCUUGGUGCAUUUUCUCACGUUGAAGAAAAAUUCCAAGGAAAAACUUUGAGUGACCCUGGUGAUGAGAGUGAAGGAAAACCUAUUCACAAAAUCAUACAUUCUAAGGCUGAAGCCUGGACUCAAAAGAAAACAUUAUCGUGGCCAUGGAGAACAAAUGAUCGAGAAGGAUCAGAGGCAAGGAAUCUUCUUGUUGCUGGGCCGUCGAGGCAGAACGAUCAAGAAAAUGAGUCAGUUAGUCAGAAUAUUCUUUCUUCCGUUGAAAGUAAUCACGCUACUAACAAUGAGGCUCCGGGAUCCUGGUCCUCCUACUUUAAUGUUAACAGUACAAGUAGUGCUAGCAGCUGUGGGAGUGCCGGCAGUUGUGCUGUAACUAACAAAACAGAUGUUGACACUGAUUGCUUGGAUUAUGAAAUUUUGUGGGAGGAUCUGACAAUUAGAGAACCAAUUGGAGAAGGUUCUUGUGGAACUGUAUAUCAUGCUAUGUGGUAUGGAUCAGAUGUAGCCGUCAAGGUUUUCUCAAACCAAGAAUAUUCAGAUGAUGUGAUCCAGUCCUUCAGGCAAGAGGUGUCAGUUAUGAAAAGACUUCGACAUCCAAAUAUUCUUCUAUUUAUGGGGGCAGUGACUUCACCUCAACGUCUCUGCAUUGUGACCGAGUUUCUCCCACGGGGAAGCUUAUGUCGCUUGUUACACAGAAACACAUCCAAACUUGACUGGAGGAGGCGAGUCAAUAUGGCCUUGGAUAUUGCACGAGGCAUCAAUUAUCUUCAUCAUUGUAACCCUCCUAUCAUCCAUAGAGAUUUGAAGUCUUCAAAUCUUCUAGUUGAUAAGAAUUGGACAGUGAAGGUUGGUGAUUUUGGUCUUUCACGUCUGAAGCAUGAAACAUUUCUCACAACUAAGACAGGGAGGGGCACGCCUCAAUGGAUGGCACCAGAAGUUCUUCGAAAUGAACCAUCAGAUGAGAAGUCGGAUGUAUACAGCUUUGGGGUGAUAUUAUGGGAACUUGCGACAGAAAAGAUCCCUUGGGAGAAUCUCAACUCAAUGCAGGUGAUUGGAGCUGUAGGGUUCAUGAAUCAGCGGCUAGAAAUUCCGAAAGAUGUUGAUACACGAUGGACUUCUAUAAUUGAGGACUGCUGGCAUAGUGAUGCAACUUGCCGACCGACAUUUCGGGAACUGAUUGAAAGACUUAGGGAGCUGCAUAAAUGGUAUGCCAUUCAGUUCCAGGCAGCCCGGUCUGCUGGCGUGGAAAGCGCCCAAAAGGAGUCCUAGGCACAAAACCUUGGAGCUAUUCUUUCUUUUUCCACUUGCAUAAGAAUAUAUAUAUUUUUUGCAUAUAUUUUAUCAAAGUUCGUGUAGAAGAAUUGGUACAAUCUGGUCUUAGAGCCAAUGUAGAAAAGCUGGUCUGAGCUUUUCAUCAGCAUUUGCAAAGGUAUUAUAGAGAUUAGAGAACGGGGAUAGAGUGAUAUAAAAAAAAGUGAGAAUUGCCAAACUUUUAUGAUGAUUCAUAAAGUAUAUUCAAUUUAUUGGUGGUGCUGUCCCAGUUGGAUUGAUUACCACCUCAUUGUAAUUUUCAAUCUAAAAUGCUUGCACCCCAUUUAAAAGCUGUACAGAGGGUAGUAUAAAGGGGGGAAAGUUUUCAUUUGACUACAGAUUAGAAUCCGAAAGUUUGUAUGAUUUAGUGUUGUUGUUAUGGUUGGAUCUCCAUCAUUACCCACUUGAUUGGCCUGUUUCAAUUCAACUUGUUGGAAUUACACUCAAGAAUUCCAAGCUUAGAUAGUUGUAAUGGCAUCUACAUUCUAUGGGGCUAUGGGCUGAGCCCCAACAAUGAUAUAUACACACCUCCUUUUUUAUA